AUCAGUCAUCACAACCACAUUAACUCUUCACCACUAUCUCUCAAUCUCUCGUUUCAUUUCUUGACGCGUGAAAAUGACAGAAAUGCCCUCGUACAUGAUCGAGAACCCAAAGUUCGAGCCAAAGAAACGACGUUAUUACUCUUCUUCGAUGCUUACCAUCUUCUUACCGAUCUUCACAUACAUUAUGAUCUUUCACGUUUUCGAAGUAUCACUAUCUUCGGUCUUUAAAGACACAAAGGUCUUGUUCUUCAUCUCCAAUACUCUCAUCCUCAUAAUAGCCGCCGAUUAUGGUUCCUUCUCUGAUAAAGAGAGUCAAGACUUUUACGGUGAAUACACUGUCGCAGCGGCAACGAUGCGAAACCGAGCUGAUAACUACUCUCCGAUUCCCGUCUUGACAUACCGAGAAAACACUAAAGAUGGAGAAAUCAAGAACCCUAAAGAUGUCGAAUUCAGGAACCCUGAAGAAGAAGACGAACCGAUGGUGAAAGAUAUCAUUUGCGUUUCUCCUCCCGAGAAAAUAGUACGAGUGGUGAGUGAGAAGAAACAGAGAGAUGAUGUAGCUAUGGAAGAAUACAAACCAGUUACAGAACAAACUCUUGCUAGCGAAGAAGCUUGCAACACAAGAAACCAUGUGAACCCUAAUAAACCGUACGGGCGAAGUAAAUCAGAUAAGCCACGGAGAAAGAGGCUCAGCGUAGAUACAGAGACGACCAAACGUAAAAGUUAUGGUCGAAAGAAAUCAGAUUGCUCGAGAUGGAUGGUUAUUCCGGAGAAGUGGGAAUAUGUUAAAGAAGAAUCUGAAGAGUUUUCAAAGUUGUCCAACGAGGAGUUGAACAAACGAGUCGAAGAAUUCAUCCAACGGUUCAAUAGACAGAUCAGAUCACAAUCACCGCGAGUUUCGUCUACUUGAUUCGAAUUGCUCCUAGUAGUAUAAAAUUAAUUUAGACAGGACUUUUUAAAGUUUUGUUAGUAGUAGAGAUACUAGAGUCUUGUUUUCAAAACUUGGUGAUGAGAUGACUUUUUUUUGCAGUCAUCAGUGUAAAUUAAUAUAAGAAUGUGAAAAGGUAACUGAAGUACUGGUCCUUUGUAAGAAAAGUCUAUAUAUAAUCGCCUAAAGGAAAACAUUAUUGUAUAUCGGUCUCUUAUGUUACAUGUGUCUAGAUUUGAAAGGAAGA